AUGGCAGCUGCUCACCUAGUAUGUCACGAGAAUGGUCUUGAAAAGUACGCCGAAGAGGAGAAGAGAUGCCAUUACUGUCAAUUCCGAAGAUUCUCUACUCACUACGAAUUUCCGAUCUCCAUCAACAACGACGUUGACAACGAAGGACUCCCCGAAUCAUUCCAGUUCGUUAACAAGGUUGUGCCAAGCGCCGAUGUACCACUCAUAGCUGAGGAGUUCGUCAGUAGCUGUGAGUGUGUUGCUGAUCAUUGUGUGACGCAAAAUUGCACUUGCUUGAGCGACAUCGAUGCCAGCAGGCUUCCUGGAUUGAAGAAGAACGCGUAUCAUGCUACCGGUCAAUUGAGGAGCGCCUAUCUCAAUGGACACUAUCCGAUCUACGAGUGCGGUGACAAGUGCAAGUGUGGCCAGAAUUGUCCAAAUCGAGUUGUUCAGAGAGGUCGCACGGUUUGCCUUCAGAUCUUCAAGACUGAUGAUGGACGCGGAUGGGGUGUAAAGACUUUGAGCCCAAUCAUCCGGGGUUAUUUUGUCGACUGCUACUUCGGAGAGUUACUUACUCCUGAUGAAGCUCAAGCUCGUCGUGACCAAGCCAGCUCGGUCCAACAGAAGGACGUGUAUCUGUUCGCACUGGACAAAUUCACGGACAUUCGCAGUCCAGAUCCACGUCUCCACGCUCCCUACGAGAUUGAUGGAGAGUUUAUAUCCGGUCCGACACGAUUCAUCAAUCACUCCUGUGAUCCCAACCUUCGCAUCUUCGCUGUGGUCAAGAAUUCGGCUGAUCAACCAUUCCAUAGCCUGGCAUUCUUCGCUCUCGAGAAUAUUGCACCCAAUACGGAGCUUACUUUCGACUACUUGGAUGGGAUCACCGGUGACGGCGAUGAUAAGGAGAAGACAAAAUGUCUCUGUGGUGCCGAGAACUGCCGUGGAUAUCUAUUUUGA